AUGUCAAUUGACCAAAGCUCCGUUCGUCAUACAGAACCAAAUCAUGAAAGCGGUCUUGUCUCAGUGUCAAGGACAGACGCAGCAAACACUCCCAGCUCCACAUCUACACAACGAGAGGACGCGUCGCUGCACUCGGCAGCCUGGCGACGCGAUGAACUCCAACAAGAACUGCGCACCCUCAUUUUCAAGACGGCUGCCACGGCCGCGCCUACCAGGCAAUGUACGCCAGAUGGACUAGCUGCUAAUCAAGAUGGAGUUUCUGCACUGGUCUCGCCAUUGAGCGGCAACAUUCACGAUUCCGAGCAACAAACUGUCGAGUACAUGCUCUGUCAAGGGCGUAACGCCGAGUAUUUGGCAAACUACAUUUCAGAGAUUGCUCCCUGGCUUGAUAUGUUCGACAGUCACCGUGCUUUUGGAAUACAAGUUCCACUUCUCGCCCGCUCAACGCCCGCGCUUAUGUAUGCCAUGUUGGCGUUGUCUGCCAGGCAUCUAGAACGCAAGGCAGCCAGCUCUGCAAACCAAAGCGUUACCGGGAACAGUAGGCCCAGGAGCAGUGGCUCACUCGACAGCUUAGAGCUCUACCAAGAGGCGAUACGACUCGUUGGUCCCCUUCUCGAGGUCCGCGAUUUUCGCGUUGUCCCUAUUUGUACAAUCCUUUGCGUCAUGGAGAUGAUGUCGGUGAGCGCUCAAGGUUGGAGACAACAUCUGGAGGGCUGUGCCGCUCUUUUUGAUGCCUUUGGUGUUCAUGGUUUUAGCGGUCAGCUCUCGCAGGCUGUUUUCUGGUGCUACGCCAGGAUGGACCUCUGUGGCGCUCUCAUUUCUGACGGGACACAAAGCACCUUGGUGCCUCUCUCCCGAUGGGCUCCCUCAGUGGCCAUAGACAACGCUCAAGACGUGGCCGGGCUCUUUUGUGCCUCCAAGGAUCCCGACAUGCAUGCUAACUACGCAGUCUAUCUCUGCUCAAAAGUAUGUGACCUCAUUGCCAGCCGCACGCAGUUCGUCGAGCUAGGCAAUGAAAACGGUUGUGAUGACUCUGAGUACACCGCCCGAUGGCUAUGUUUGUGGACCGAAUUGCAGAGAUGGACUGACGAACGACCUGUCGACAUCCUCCCCAUCCAGGUCGUCGAGGCGUCAGAAUCGUCCCCGUUCCCCCAUGUCUUGUUUCUCCACUGGGCUGCAAUUUCAUCAACUCAACUCUACCACACAGCAUGUCUUUUGUUAUUAGGCAUGUUGCCUUUAGCCGAACAGUGCCAUCUUCCGAGGGGGCAAGUCGGCUCUCAAGUCUACCACGCCAAGCGCAUAUGUGGCAUCUCGCAGACAAAUCCCCAUCAGGGCUGUUUGAACAAUGCCAUUCAGCCCCUUUGGUUGGCUGGGCGCCUUCUAAGCCAUCCGGUCGAGCACAAGAUCGUGGUUGAGCUCAUCCGGGAUAUUGAAGCUACGACCGGUUGGGGCACGAGCUGGCGCAUCCCAGAUCUUGAGGUUGCCUGGGGUUUCCGUGCGGAAUGA